AUGAGCGGUUCCAUAAUUUCCUCAACGGGCACACUCCCCACAUCACUAGCAUCCAAUGAGUCCUUCACUCUUUACUGUGGAAACAUGGGUGUUAUGUUUGAAACCAAGCCAACUCAGGCAAGUGAAUACGCAAAUAUUUUGCGGGAGGCUUGGGGUUGUGGUCGAGGCUAUGAAUCUGCAUUUGCAACAUUGACUAAAACACCAAAGCUCGUAUUUCCCUUGUCCACGACUUCUUCCUCGGACUCGAACUUACUAGAUUGUGGCUAUUCAACAACCAUUAACGCUAUGGACGAUUCGAAAUCGCCUGUCGACUUUUGGAAUUGUGGUAGAACAUAUGUUAGAGAAUACGCAUUAUCCGACGCGUUUUCGUUGAGACCAACUAAUUUGAUACAAUACUUUGUAUUUGCUUUACUCAUUUUGUGUAUUUUUCUGUAA